ACUAUGAGAAUAUUGAAUUAUGAUUCCCACACAAAUUGUAGAUUAAGGCCUAAUUGAUGGAUGACUUAAUUAUUUCCCUUAAUCCAUCUCUGAAUCCUCCCUUGACUCUAAACUCAAGCCAAAUUGUUGGAGAAGUGAAAAGGUGUUAAAGUUAGCAGGACCAUUAAUAUUUGUUAAUCUUUUGAUUUAUGGAUUACAAGUUAUAUCUAUAAUGUUUGUUGGACAUCUUGGUGAAUUGCCGCUCUCUGCUGCCUCUGUUGCCACUUCUUUUGUCACUGCCACUGGUUUCAAUGUUAUGUCAGGAAUGGCAUGUGCAUUGGAUACCUUAUGUGGACAGUCAUAUGGAGCAAAGCAGUAUCACAUGUUAGGCAUACUUAUGCAAAGAGCAAUAUUCAUUUUGAUGAUUGUUUGCAUUCCAAUAUCAAUUAUUUGGGCAAACACAAAUUCUAUUUUCAUUUCAUUUCACCAAGAUCCUGAAAUAUCUGCAGAAGCUGGAAAGUAUGCAAUGUUAAUGAUUCCAAGCCUAUUUGCUUAUGGUCUUCAACAGUCCCUUAAUAGAUUUCUACAGACUCAAAAUAUUGUAUUUCCAUUGAUGGUGAUUGCUAGUAUAAUAACUUCACUACAUGUUCUUUUUUGUUGGAUUAUGGUUAACAAGACUGGACUUGGAAGCAGUGGUGCUGCUGUUGCAAAUUCUAUGUCUUAUUGGCUCAAUGUUAUUAUGCUUAUACUUUAUAUCAAGUUUUCUUCUUCUUGUAACAAAACAUGGACUGGAUUUUCCAAAGAGGCAUUGCACAAUAUUCCUAUGUUCCUUAGGCUUGCAAUUCCUUCAGCUGUUAUGGUUUGCUUGGAAAUGUGGUCAUUUGAGUCUGCAGUUAUCAUUUCAGGUCUUCUUCCUAAUCCAAAGUUGCAAACAUCAGUGCUAUCCAUCUGUUUGAGUUCAGCAUCAAUUGUUUGGAUGAUCCCCUUUGGACUCAGUGGAGCAGUAAGCAUUCGCGUUGCGAAUGAACUUGGAGCUGGUCAACCAAUGGUUGCACGUAUGGCCGUAUGCAUCGUUGUUGUGAUCGGAAUUAUUGUGAGCAUGGUAGUUGGAACGGUUAUGACGGUUUUACGCAAUAUAUGGGGCUAUGCUUAUACCAGUGAAAUUGAAGUGGUUAAACAGAUUGCAAAAAUGAUGCCAAUUCUUGUUGUAUCCAACUUUUUAGAUGGACCACAAUGUGUUCUUUCAGGUACUGCUAGAGGAUGUGGUUGGCAGAAAAUUGGUGCUUAUGUCAAUUUGGUGUCAUACUAUUUGGUUGGGAUUCCAGCUGGCAUUGUAAUGACUUUUGUAUUUCAUAUUGGUGUCAAGGGACUCUGGUUGGGAAUGAUAUGUGCACUCACAGUUCAAGUGUUUUCUUUAAUUAUCAUUAUAAUACGCACUAAUUGGGAGAAAGAGGCACAAAAGGCUACAGAUAGAGUCUAUAAUUCAGUAACACCAGAAGAAUGAAAAUUUGACACUUAUUAUCAUUUUAUCUAUCUAUAUUUAUCUUCAAUAUUAAUGUGUAUUCUAAAUUUGAAUAGAUCAUAUGCAAAUAUUGUGUUUAUGUGAUGCUUUUUGUAAAACUUAGCUUUCUCUCUUAUUUUAUUUGUUAUUAAUAACUCAUUAAUAGAUUUAGACCUGUA